UAGUUUUCCUGCUGUAAUAAAAUGCUGUAACCAGUUUGCAUUUCUUGAGAGGUCACAAGUUAAUCCGCGAUGCAUCGAAAAGCAGUGCCGUUUUUAGCCUUUUCCGUGAUUCUUCUCCUUCUGCACUCGCAGAGCUCGGUUUGCAACCGCAGGAAAGGUCACCAAUAUGAGCAGUAUUACUGGAACACCCGUAACUCUUCUUCGCGCUCCGGUGAGGUUAGAGAAGUUUUCAACUGGAAGCAACUGGACUUUGAAUUUCCCAACGAGCAAAUGCGGGGACAAGCGAUUCAAAGUGGUGCUUUCGUGGAGAUAAAUUCAUCAAUGCCACUUUCCCUGGAGGCUGACAGCACGCGUUUAUUUGUGUCGGCACCACGUUGGCGUCAAGGUGUUCCCUUCACCCUGACCUAUUUGCCCUUGCCCGGUGCUGACCCAAAGCGCGUACCAACCCAGUCCUCACCCCGUUUGAAACCUUACCCCAAUGCCGAGGCGAACCGCCAGGGAAACUGCGACGGUCUGACCUCCGUCUUCAGGAUGUCUAUUGAUAAUUGUAACAGACUUUGGGUCGUGGACACCGGCAGGGUUGGCGCACAACAACUCUGCCCUCCUCAGGUUAUCGCUUUCGACCUGCAGACCGAUGCUAUCGUCUACAGGCACCGAUUCUCGCAGGAAUCCUUGCUGUGCAACUCGCAACCCACAAACAUCGCUGUUGAAUAUAAAGCAGAGGCCCAGUGUGGAAGAGGAAAUAAUUUGGAUGCUUUCUUGUAUGUGACGGACACGUUGGCCUACGCUAUCAUUGUCAUCGACACCUCGAGUGGAAGGUCAUGGCGCGUGUCCGACAAGAGCAUGUUCCCCAACCCCGAGGCCGGUUCUUUUAACGUGCAAGGCGUCAAAUUCGACUUAAUGGACGGCAUUCUUGGGCUUGCUAUAGGACCUCCUAGGUACUACAAAAAUGACCGUGAUUUGUUCUACAACCCGAUGACCUCAUUCCAACACUUCUGGGUGCGUACGUCUCGUCUCCAGAAUGAAAACGCGACGACUCCUUCCAACCCUCAGCCAUUUGAGACUUUCCAGACAGGGCAAUGGAAACGCAAUUCUCAGUCGGCAGGCUGCGGCAUCAGCUCCAGCGGCGUUCUCUUCUUUGGGCUCGUCAACCAAAACGCCCUUGCUUGCUGGGACACGUCCAAACCAUACACGGCCCAAAACAUUGCUGUUCUAAAAAAAGAUGACGAGAAACUGCAGUUUCUCUCAACCGUUGUGGUUGAUCGCAUGGACCGAUUGUGGGCGCUGUCUACUCGUUUCCAACGCUUCUUCACGAACAGCCUCAACCCUGAAGAUGUUAACUUCCGAAUUUUCUCCGGCACAGCCGCAGAAGCAGUGCGCAACACUGCGUGCUACGUUCCAACCCUUGGAGAAGGUCCAAUGCGUGGUUGGGCGUAAAAAUCAAUAUUUAUUAUCAUUAGAAUAAUACACAGUAAAAUGGGUUGUAAAUUAAUAAUAAAUUUAUUCAUACCUAAUUGA